AUGGGGAAAGCAAGAGAAAAGAAGACUUGGUUGGGGUCAGAGGCAAUGGCGCAGGACCACAAGAGCACCGGCUGGGCUGCGGAAGAGGAGCCGGCGCCCCUCGGGAAAGCUGACUGUAAGGCCUCUGAGGUAAAAGAAUUCACAGCUGAGUUCUUAGAGAAGGUCCUUGAACCAUCUGGAUGGCGGGCAGUCUGGCACACUAAUGUGUUCAAGGUGCUGGUUGAGGUCACAGAUGUGGACUUUGUAGCCUUGAAGGCAGUGGUGAGGCUUGCUGACCCAUACCUCUGUGAAUCUCAAGUCAGCACUUUUACUUUGGAGUGUAUGAAAGAGCUCCUUGAUUUGAAGGAACACCAGUUGCCCCUGCAGGAGUUGUGGGUGGUAUUUGAUGAUUCUGGAAUGUUUGACCAGACAGCACUUGCAAUUGAGCAUAUCAGGUUUUUCUAUCAGAACAUUUGGAGGAGUUGGGAUGAAGAAGAAGAGGAUGAGUAUGAUUAUUUUGUUAGAUGUGUUGAACCUCGAUUGAGAUUGCAUUAUGACAUUCUUGAAGACCGAGUUCCUUCAGGACUUAUUGCUGACUAUCAAAAUCUGUUGACUCAGUGUGAGGAGAGUUACAGGAAAUUUUUAAAUCUGAGAAGCAGUUUGUCAAAUUGUAACUCUGAUUCUGAGCAGGAAAACAUCUCCAUGGUGGAAGGGUUAAAAUUGUAUUCAGAGAUUGAACAGUUGAAACAAAAGCUAAAACUCAUUGAGAAUCCUUUGCUGAGAUAUGUGUUUGGUUAUCAGAAGAAUUCUAAUACACAAGCAAAAGGCAUCCGUCCAAAUGGCCAGAAGGUCACCCAUGUGGUCUCCUCCCCCAUGAUGACUGGUCUGCUGCAGUCCCUGCUCAGGGAUAAGCUUUGUCCAGAGCCUUGUAAGGAAGAAAUAGAAAUUCAGUUCCACAGUGAUCUGUUGUCUGCUAUAAAUGCCUGCUAUGAGGGCGACACUGUUAUUGUUUGUCCUGGCCAUUACGUGGUACAUGGUACAUUCUCCAUUGCUAACUCCAUUGAAUUAGAAGGAUAUGGUCUACCAGAUGAUAUUGUGAUAGAAAAGAGAGGCAAAGGAGACACUUUUGUGGAUUGUACGGGUGCGGAUAUUAAAAUCUCAAGCAUAAAAUUUGUUCAGCACGAUGCUGUGGAAGGAAUCCUAAUUAUUCACCAUGGUAAGACUACAUUGGAAAACUGCGUAUUGCAGUGUGAAACUACAGGAGUCACAGUACAAACAUCAGCAGAAUUUUUAAUGAAGAACUCAGAUUUAUAUGGUGCCAAGGGUGCAGGUAUAGAAAUAUAUCCUGGGAGUAAGUGCACCCUGAGUGACAAUGGGAUCCAUCACUGCAAGGAAGGGAUCCUCAUUAAGGACUUCUUAGAUGAACAUUAUGACAUUCCCAAAAUAACCAUGGUGAAUAAUGUCAUACAUAAUAAUGAAGGUUAUGGUGUUGUCUUGGUGAAAUCUACAAUUUUCUCUGACCUGCAAGAAAAUGCCCAAGAUGAAACUGAAGAAAAUAAAGCAUUUAAAGUUCAGACAAGUGGAGAGGCAGAUGUAGCUGAAAGAGUGGAUCUAGAAGAGCUGAUUGAAUGUGCAACUGGUAAAAUGGAGCUUUAUGCGAGAGCUGACCUUUCUGAGCAAGUCGAAGGCAAUUGUGAAAUUGUAAAUGAACUAGUUGCUGCCUCCACACAAAAAGGCCAGUUGAAGAAGAAAAGGUUGAGUGAACUGGGGAUCACACAAGCUGAUGACAACUUAAUGUCACAGGAGAUGUUUGUUUCAGUUGUGGGGAACCAGUUCAAAUGGAAUGGGAAAGGGAGUUUUGGCACAUUUCUCUUCUGA